AUGGCCAAGGAUAAUCAUAAUGAUGUAGCCGUGAUCUCUGCAUCAUCUGUUUCCAGCAGCAACAGUAGUACUAUCAACAGCAAGGAAAAGUCAACAUCAACACCCAAUCAUCACGAUGGUGUGAAGGAUUUAAUUACACUAUUUGUAAUGGUUGUGGUUAUUUCAAUUUCACAAUACUUGGUCGGAACUUAUUUGCAGUUUAAUAAUUUCAGCAUGGAAAUGUAUUUUGCUUUGACAUUUGUGGGUAUUUUCACAUUGGUUGGUGGAUUUGAAUUGUAUUUCAAGACACAAAGAAUUGUCAUUUCGAAUUAUCAAUCAAAGAAGGACUAUAUUAUUGCUCAUAGUUUUAUUGAUGAUUUAAUACCAUUCAUUCCACACAGUAUUUAUUUGUACACAUUUGGAGAUUUGUUUAUCAUGUCGUGUCUAAUUCCAACCUCUCCUAAUUUGGAAACAAUUAUUAGAAUUUUCUUUGGAAUGUUGGUCGUUUGUGUGAUGCAAUGUUUGGUUUUCCUUAUAUUCCCAUCAACAAUUCCAGAUAACUAUAGACAUGCAAUUGAUGAAUAUCAAACCAAGUAUGGAAAGAUUGAUUCUUAUACUUAUUCAUUCUAUAAGAAAAUGUAUGGAGUUGAUUUGCAUGCUAAUGCCAUUCCUUCUGGACAUUGCUCAAUUGCUACUUAUUUGGCAAUGACUCAGUGGAACGUUCUUGGACCAAUUACAUUGCUAAAUCCUUUGUUAAUUGCCAUUAGUUGUGUCUGUACAAAACAACAUGCUGCUUUGGACACUAUUGUUGGUAUUUUGUUUGGAUUAUUAAUUUAUAGCGUUGUUUAAACAAUAAUAGAAUUUUAAUUUGUAAAUAAAAGGAUGGACGAAUAAUUUAUUAAUUUAUUAU